GGUCGUGUCCCACGUUUGUUACACCAGAAUUGUGUUGAACGUCCUCUGCCGGAGUGUGUUGCGUGUAAGCCAAAUAUAAAGAGCCGUUUAAUAGUAUGGGGCGAUAAUAACUUCUAGAAACAGUCCAGGAAACCUGAAGGUGGUCGGUUACAUAUCCCGCCCGCAGGGAUGUCAGUGAACCGCACCCUGUAUCUGUUUUCUCGGCUUCAACGCCACUUUAACACCCGUACUGCUCACAUCACCGCAGGCAGCUGCAGAGUGCUUUCUGGUUCCAGGUUGUUGCUCCAGCACCCUCUGCCUGGCUCUGUGGUUUGCUGCAGAGUUGUUUCUUCUAACAGCUCCCCUCCCAAGACUCCGGACACAUCACUGUUUGUCCCCGUCUCCCUGAAGACCGACGUCCCGGCUGAUGGGACUGUGGGAGCAGAACUGACGCAACCGCUGGACAAAAAUGAGCUGCUUAAAGUCUUGAACAAGUUUUACAAAGGAAAAGAGAUGCAGAAGCUGGCAGCAGACCAAGGCCUGGAUGCUCGUCUGUUCCACCAAGCCUUCAUCAGCUUCAGGAAGUAUGUUCUGGAAAUGACGUCCCUCCCUGCUGAUCUGCACAUCAUCCUCAGUGACAUCUGCCACAACGCAGGUCAUAUUGAUGACAUAUACCCAUACUUCAUGCGUCAUGCUAAACAAAUCUUUCCAAUGCUGGACUGUAUGGAUGACCUGAGGAAGAUAUCUGACCUCAGAGUCCCGGCAAACUGGUACCCUGAGGCCCGAGCCAUCCAGAGGAAGGUGGUCUUUCAUGCUGGACCCACUAACAGCGGGAAGACCUACCAUGCCAUCCAGCGCUACCUGACUGCUAAGUCUGGAGUCUACUGUGGUCCCCUGAAACUUCUCGCCCACGAGAUCUUUGAGAAGAGCAACAGUGCUGGUGUCCCAUGUGACCUGGUUACCGGGGAGGAGAGGACUUUCGUAGACCCAGAAGGCCGAGCAGCUGGACAUGUGGCAUGCACCAUUGAAAUGUGCAGCGUUAACACACCAUAUGAGGUGGCUGUAAUCGAUGAAAUUCAAAUGAUCAGAGAUCCUUCCAGAGGCUGGGCAUGGACAAGAGCUCUUCUGGGUCUGUGUGCUGAGGAGAUCCAUGUGUGUGGAGAAGCAGCAGCUGUGGACUUUAUCAGGGAGUUGAUGUACACCACCGGAGAGGAGGUGGAGGUCCACACCUACCAACGCUUAACUCCAUUCUCAGUUCUGGACCAUGCCGUGGAGUCUUUAGACAACCUGAGACCAGGAGACUGUAUUGUGUGCUUUAGUAAAAUCGACAUUUACUCUUUAAGCCGACAGAUUGAGGCUAGAGGACUAGAAUGUGCUGUAAUUUAUGGCAGUUUACCUCCGGGCACUAAACUGUCGCAGGCCAAGAAGUUCAAUGAUCCCGGUGACUCCUGUAACAUCCUGGUUGCCACAGAUGCUAUUGGCAUGGGCCUCAACCUGAGUAUAAAACGCAUCAUCUUUAACUCUCUGGUGAAGCCCAAUGUUAAUGAGAAAGGAGAGAAACAGAUGGAGACGAUCAGCACAUCACAGGCCUUACAGAUUGCAGGUCGUGCAGGGAGGUUUUCCUCCAUAUUUAAAGAGGGAGAGGUCACGACCAUGCACCGAGAUGACCUGCCUGUCCUGAAGGAAAUUCUCAGCAAUUCUGUAGAUCCCAUAGAGACUGCAGGUCUGCAUCCAACUGCAGAGCAGAUAGAAAUGUUUGCCUAUCAACUCCCUGAUGCUACACUCUCCAAUCUUGUAGAUAUAUUUGUCAGCCUCUCUCAGGUGGACGGCCUGUAUUUCGUCUGCAACAUUGACGACUUCAAGUUUCUGGCUGACAUGAUUCAGCAUAUCCCACUUAACCUGAGGUCACGCUACGUCUUUUGUACUGCCCCCAUUAACAAAAAGCAGCCUUUUGUCUGCACCUCUUUCCUAAAGUUUGCGCGUCAGUUCAGUCGAGACGAGCCCCUGACGUUUGACUGGGUCUGCCGUCAAAUCGGCUGGCCUCUGACUGCACCCAGAAACAUCAAAGACCUGGUUCACUUAGAAGCUGUGCAUGAUGUUUUAGAUCUGUACCUCUGGUUAAGCUACCGUUUCAUGGAUAUGUUUCCAGACACGGCCAUGAUCCGAGAAAUCCAGCGGGAACUUGACGACAUCAUCCAGCAGGGUGUUCAAAACAUCACCCGUCUGAUCCGGGCCACCAACCCAAACAUCACCGACCCGCUGCAGCCACAGAGCAACCUUUCGGAGCGAACCGGUGCUGAAGCUGACAGCAGCGCACUCCUGAGCAGAACCAGAGGUCAGGGAAGCUUGGCAGGGAUGAUGGAGAAAUCUCUGGCGAGCCGCCUUGUGAGAGAUGGACUAUUGACUCCUGAUCUGCUCAAACAACUGCAGAGGGAGUGGUCAAAGAGCCAGAGGCAGGAAGGUGGCAGUCAAAGCGCACUCACUGCAGACCUCAAUAACAAGAGCAUCAAAGGAAAGAGAAAAAAGAAGAAAUAAAUACUCAGAACUGUUCUGAAUCAGCCAUGCUCAUCAUGAAUGACUGUUAAUGGAGAUCGAUAUAUUGCAAAUUCAGGAAUACCACCUUGGUCAUGUAGGGGGUAGUUAAAAGAGACCGAUUCUACACAGUCCAGAAAGUGGAACAUUUCAGAUUUAUGUUUUCCUCUUAUAUUUUAAAAUGAAUUUAAAGAACGGAGCAUAAUGGAUAGAUGAGCCUGGAAAACUCUGGAAUUUAUACAUUAGAAAAGUGUAGAAGCGCUGCUUGUAUCAGGACUGAAUGUGGAUGAACACAACAGGACAGUUUCAUUCUGGACAUUUGGUCGGGAAUUGGUCAGACACAUUAAUAGGCUGUUUAAUAUUUUCACUCCAUUUAUUUGCUUAACCUCUGCUACAAAUGUUCAAACUCAAAAAGAAGAAAAUACGUUUGUGCAGGAUCUUGUUCACUUCCAGCUCCUAAAUUAAUUGUGCUAAUGGAAUAAGUUAAAAAACAGCACAUCAGCCCCCUCACACCUUUCUGUGUAACUAAGCUGGGAUUUGGGUGCAAAGUGGAAGUCCUUCGGAUUUGAAAAGAGUGGCAUAAAAGUUGUUAUUUAGCAGAAAACAUUUCAAAUGGUUUUGAUGUGAAAAAUUCUCUCAGUUCAGACAGUUCAUUCAUCAUUGCAGAAUAACUGAGAUAACAGGAAUGAGCAGCCUGUGUUUCUUGUCUGUGUAAAUGUGAAAUUCAGUUUUUUCAUGUCUCUACAUAUAAGCUGAUGAAGACUACCAAUAAAAAACGCUUUUAACUA